AUCCUGUCACCUAGGACACUAUGCACCUUCGGAUCCUGAAGAAAAGGCGCAAAAUGUUCAAGUAAUGCGUAGAGAUCGUCUGUGAGGUAACAAACAUGCCCUUGCCGGGGGCCCAACGGCAUGCACCUGCCAGACUGGAGCUCCAGGGGUGAGAAGAGAGGGCCGGGUCCUGCACGAGAGCCCGUCAGGCAGGCAGAAGGGGCCUGUGUGCUGCAGGGAGCACUGGGCGCGCCGGGGAACCAUGCCGUCAUCCGGACACCGGCUCCGGGAUGUCGAACACCACCCUCUCCUGGCCGAGAACGACAGUUACGACUCCUCGUCCUCCUCUUCCUCCGAGGCCGACGCGGCCGACAGGGUCUGGUUCAUCCGCGACGGCUGCGGCAUGAUCUGCGCCGUCAUGACGUGGCUGCUGGUCGUCUACGCGGACUUCGUGGUGACGUUCGUCAUGCUGCUGCCUUCCAAGGACUUCUGGUACUCCGUGGUCAACGGGGUCCUUUUUAACUGCCUGGCGGCGCUCGCCCUGUCGUCCCACCUGAGGACCAUGCUCACUGACCCCGGGGCGGUGCCCAAAGGAAAUGCCACCAAGGAGUACAUGGAGGGCCUGCAGCUGAAGCCCGGGGAGGUGAUCUACAAGUGCCCCAAGUGCUGCUGCAUCAAGCCCGAGCGCGCCCACCACUGCAGUAUUUGCAAGAGAUGCAUUCGGAAAAUGGAUCAUCACUGCCCGUGGGUGAACAACUGUGUGGGGGAAAAGAACCAGAGGUUUUUCGUGCUCUUCACUAUGUACAUAGCUCUGUCCUCCGUCCACGCCCUGAUCCUCUGUGGCCUCCAGUUCGUCUCCUGUGUCCGAGGGCAGUGGACUGAGUGCAGUGACUUCUCGCCUCCGGUGACUGUAAUCCUGUUGAUCUUCCUGUGCCUCGAGGGCCUUCUGUUCUUCACGUUCACCGCGGUCAUGUUCGGCACCCAGAUCCACUCCAUCUGCAACGACGAAACGGAGAUCGAGAGGCUGAAGAGCGAGAAGCCGACCUGGGAGCGGAGGCUGAGAUGGGAGGGGAUGCGGUCUGUCUUCGGGGGGCCCCCCUCGCUGCUCUGGAUGAACCCCUUUGUCGGCUUCCGGCUGGGGCGGCUGCAGACCAGACCCAGGAAAGGAGGCCCGGAGUUCUCCGUCUGAGGCCCGUCGGCAGACGGGAGCUGGCUUGUCCGGGGUCUGCAGGGGCCCCAGCAGCUCGCCCGUGACCAGCAGGGCAAGUGGGACCGACACAGACCCGCUGCCAUCGGCGAGUGUCCUGGACCGCAGAGGGUCCCGACCGGCGACGGCCGGCGCUCUGGACGGCGAGCGAAGGGUCUGUGGCCACGUGAAGAAGCCAAAUGUCACUGUCUCCUGCACAGUCAGGACUUCGGUUAAGAACACUUUGCGUUUUCCACGAAGUUGUGCGGGACCUGACGCGGGCCACUAAGACCCUGUGUCCUGAGCUGCUUUUUCAAUCAUGAAGAAAACCAGGCAAUCCAGUGAACGAGAUUUUCCAGCUUCGGGGCCUCCGGGCGCUCCUGCUGACCCCCCAGGGUCCGCCAGCGCACGCCCUGGAUCAAGGUGGGGACCUUUACGCAGAAAUACACUUGGUCUCCAUUAGCUCUGACACUCUGCACUGAGUUCGCCAGCGAUCUGUGCACUGAGCCGUGGAGGUGGCUCUGGGUGCUCGCCCUGUCCCGGAAGAGGCGGCCUCGGCCCCUUCGACAGCCCGCGUGCGAGUCUGUGCGUGUGCGCGUGUGCAUGUGUGCUUGAAACCGGCGGCGCUGUUGGGGCGACCCGGCAGUUCCGAGCUGUUUGUUAGAAGCGCAUCAGGGAUGAGGGGCGCGCUGCCCCAGGGCCCGGUCCCCUGGGGCUCGUUACGCGUUAUGAAUGUAUUGCGUUUUGGAGAAUAUCUUUAUCCAAAGAACAGUCA